AUGCGGGGAGUCAGAGGUGGUGUGCUACAGGAGAGACCACCCGAGGAGCAGAGUGUGAGGAACAAGAAAGAGAAAAAUGAGGAAGGAAAGAGACACUGCCUGGGCACAGAGACAGCAGGGCCGCUCAAUGAGUGCUCCACCAUAAAGACAGCACAAAGGAACAUGGAAGCUCCACCAUGUGCUUCUCUAGCUAACAUUAACAACUUUGUGAACCAUGACAAAUUCACACGUCAUUCUUCCUCAUUCCGAGACCCUCUUCCUGACAUUUACAUCUGGCUGCCGGUGGUUUAUUCGAUUAUUUGUGCUGUAGGGCUUACAGGCAACACAGCCGUCAUUUAUGUUAUCCUAAAAGCCCCUAAAAUGAAAACUGUCACCAAUAUGUUUAUACUAAAUUUGGCAAUUGCUGAUGACCUUUUCACGUUGGUGUUGCCCAUCAACAUAGCAGAGCACCUUUUGAACUAUUGGCCCUUUGGUGAAGUUCUGUGCAAGGUGAUCCUUUCUAUAGACCAUUACAACAUAUUUUCCAGUAUCUAUUUCCUCACAGCCAUGAGCGUCGACCGUUACCUGGUCGUUGUGUCCGCUCUGCACUCCAAACGGAUGCCUCACCGGACGUAUAGAUUCGCCAAGACGGUCAGCGUCUGUGUUUGGUCUUUCGUAAUCCUCAUCGUCAUGCCCUUUACCUUCUUUGCCGGUAUUUACGUGACUCCCGACGACACGGAGAAGCGGAAAAGCUGUGUGCUAAGUUUCCCAAACCCGGAGAUGUUCUGGUUUAAAGCAAGUCGGAUCUAUACGUUGGUCCUCAGCUUUGUGAUACCUGUGUCCACAAUAUGUGUUGUAUACAGCGUAAUGCUAUACAAGCUGCGACAUACGCGCCUGAAUUCGAAUGGAAAGGCCCUGGAUAAAGCCAAAAAGAAAGUAACUGUGAUGGUCUUCAUAGUCCUUGCAGUGUGCUUAUUCUGUUGGACCCCCUUCCACCUCAGUACGGUGGUGGCCCUUACCACAGACUUGCCCACUACCCCGCUGGUUAUCGGAAUCUCUUACCUUAUCACCGGCCUAAGCUAUGCUAACUCCUGCCUCAAUCCAUUCCUUUAUGCGUUCCUGGACGACAGUUUCAGGAAAGCUUUUAAGAAAUUGCUGGUGUGUUGACCUUUGACAAAGCAAGAGGAACCAGAGGCUUAAGGUCAAUGAUACUACAAAACCAAAAGAAUGGU